AUGAGUCCUGGGUUGGGUAGUAUGAAUAAUGUAAAAUUCGAGUUACAUGGUUUUACUGAUGCAAGUGUAAAAUCAUUUGGGUGUUGUGUUUCUGUUAGAUUUCUUAAUGCUAAUUUUAGUCGCUUUAGUCGUGCCUAUUUAAUAGCUUCAAAGUCUAGGGUUGCCCCAUUAGGCAAGAACACAAUGCCUAAAUUAAAACUUUCUGAAGUUUUACUAUUAGCAAAGUUAAUAGCAUCUAUUUACGAUCAAUUGAUAUCUAUUUAUAACAUUUCAAAUAUAGUAUAUUGGACUGAUUCACUAAUUUGCUUACAUUGGAUUUACAAUACUAAUAAUACCAAGAAACAGUUUAUACAAAAUCGAUUAACUAAAAUAAGAAAGUUAUUUUUAAUUUGUAAUUGGAACUAUAUUGAAUCAUAUAGAAAUCCUGUAAAUAAAAUAUCAGGAGGAUCAUCACUAAAAAAAUUAAAUAAUAAUUUACUUUGGUUUUUUGGACCCAACUUUUUAAACGAUAUUAGCAUUAAAUGGCCAUAA